AAAAGAAAGAAGUAGGUAGCCAUGAAAAAUACGACUUCUAUAAAGAGUGCCAAAACCCAAAGAAUCAAUAACCAAAAACACACCAUGGAGAUUGAAAGAGUUCAAGAAAUAGCCUCACUCUCAAACCUCAAUGGCACGAUCCCAAUUGAGUUCAUAAGAUCAGUAAACGAACAACCAGCAACUACCACCAUCCAUGGGGUGACGCUGGAGGUUCCCGUGAUCGAUCUUAACGACCCUGAUCACCAAAAGUUGGUGGCUUCAAUCUUUGAAGCCAGCAAAGAUUGGGGGAUCUUUCAGGUCGUGAACCAUGACAUACCAAGUGAAGUCAUAAGCAAGUUACAAAAAGUUGGUAAAGAGUUCUUUGAGUUGCCACAAGAAGAGAAAGAAGCCAUUGCUAAACCAGUUGGGUAUAAAGGUGUUGAAGGGUAUGGCACAAAGCUUCAAAAGGAAGUGGAAGGGAAGAAAGGCUGGGUGGAUCAUUUGUUUCAUAGGGUUUGGCCACCUUCUGCUAUCAACUAUCAGUUUUGGCCCAAAAACCCUCCAUCUUACAGGGAAACAAACGAGCAAUACACAAGUAUGUUGAUAGGGGUAGCAAACAAAUUGCUUGGAUUCCUAUCAAAAGGACUUGGAUUAGAAGAGGGUGAAAUAAAACAAGGGUUGGGUGGUGAAGACUUGACCUACAUGUUGAAAAUAAACUACUACCCACCAUGCCCAUGUCCCGAACUUGCUCUUGGGGUUGUACCCCAUACAGAUAUGUCCUCCAUCACCAUACUUGUCCCAAAUGAAGUUCAAGGUCUACAAGUGUUUAAAGAUGGCCAUUGGUAUGAUGUUGCAUACAUCCCUAAUGCUCUCAUUAUUCACAUUGGUGACCAAAUGGAGAUAUUGAGCAAUGGAAUAUAUAAGAGUGUGUAUCACAGAACAAUAGUGAACAAAGAGAAGACAAGAAUGUCUUGGCCAAUGUUCUUAGAGCCACCAUCAGAGUUUGAGGUCGGACCAAUUCCAAAGCUUAUUAAUCAAGACAAUCCACCAAAAUACAAGACUAAGAAGUACAAAGAUUAUGUCUAUUGCAAGUUAAACAAGCUUCCACAAUAAUAUAUUCGUGUGUGUGUGUUUUUGCUUUGAUUUUCUUGAAUAUGGG